UGCAGGCACUGAUCACUCCGACAGAAAACAGAGACACCAGGAGUCAUUCUUUAUAAUGAAAAACAUGAUAUCAAGUCUUCUGCUUCUCCUGUUCUUCCAAGGAAUUGGAAGAACUUCAUCAGAUCAUUUCUGUGCCCAUCAGAUCAGAACCAUCAGAGUGACUGAGGGACAAUCCAUUACCAUCCCCUGUACAUUCACUUAUAACAGAAACAUAUAUGAUAAGGGGAUCAGAAUUGAUUGGGGAGUCAGUACCGGGAGAGGGUGUUGGGAGUCUGACACUUCCUAUGAUAUAUUAUCUAUCAGUAAAUACUCUGGGAGAAUCUUCAGGCUGGACCCUCCCUAUGGGAACAAUUCAGCAUCAAUCACUAUCCACAGGCUGAGACCAACUGAUGGGCCAGUGAUCUGCUGCAGAGUAGAGGCAUCUGGAGGAUCUGUACCCCCCUAUACCUGGAACAAUAGAUAUGGGACCCUGCUGAUCUUUUCUGAACCUGCUCAGAUCUCUGUGGAACAGCUGGAUGUGAUUCCUGCCCUCCCAGGAGAAACCAUCACUAUCCCCUGUUAUGUACAUUAUCCUCCUGGUACCCGUGAGACACUGCAGACAGUUACCUGGAGAAAGGGACCACGUCCAGUCUGUAUAAGUGAAUCUCACCCACUAGAUACACAAGAUAAAACUGGUCGUUACUCAGUGGUGGAUUUCCCAACUGAUGUCUCCCUGCAAAUUAACAGAGUCCAGAGAGAAGAUUCAGGAUAUUACUGCUGCAUUGUGAGAACAUCUAAAGGAGAAAAUAACAUCAGAUCUGGCACUGAGCUGGUUAUUGAAGAGCAAAGCACCCAACAAGAAUUAGACAUCCGUCAGUCCCAUAAUACCACAGUGUCAGAAGGAGACUCAGUCACCCUCAACUGCUCAUUUCACUCUACACAGACUCCAUUAUGGGCCUGGAUUUACUGGAGAGUGGGGAGUCCCACAGGGGAUUAUGUCUAUCACCCCAACAAACAAAUGGUUCAUUCCAGUUUCAAAGGAAGAACAGAGUUAAGAGGACAAGCGGAUCUUCAUAUAGAGGGGGUGCAAAGAAAUGAUUCAGACACUUAUUACUGUAUCGUGAUCUUCCAGUAUUGUGCUGCCAAUUCUCUACACAAAUCAUUUUUUAACUAUGGACAAGGGACUAGACUGGAUGUUAUAGAAGCUGAAUUUCCACUUAUUAUCAUUCUUUCUGUUGUCCUUAUUUUGAUUGUCCUCUCUGGAAUUCUGAUAUUCCUGUUGUACAAAGGUUUCAUUUGCAAGAAGGAAAGCCCUCUUAUCCAUAUUCAAGAGAACAAACCAGAAGAUAAAGGGAAUGUUCUCUAUGAAACAAUAGAAGAGAUUAAGAAAAGUGACCAGGACACUCAAGGGGUUGUCUAUGUCCAACUCAACAUGAAACCAAUGGAACAAGCAAGGUCACAUGAUGAGCCCAAGAAAGAGCCAGAGAUCUUUUAUGCCAGUUUAAAUAAGUGAUGAGUUAGCAGGAGGGUAAGGGAUAAUAAUGGUAGUAAAAUAAGUCUUUACGUGGAAUUGCUGUGAUGAUAAGUAUCUUAGCACCUGUGAUUAUACUCACUGUCUGCACUUUAAUAGCCUUUAACUUCAUGGCUACACUCCCACUUUUUCCUUGAUACAGCAGGGAGCAUCAAGUUGGAAUAGCCAAGAGACAAAGACUAAAGCUGCCCAUGCCUGGAUAUUACUCUUCGGGACACCUAAGCUGCCAGGUCCUAGCACCCACCUGCCUUCCUUCAUGGUCACACCCUGCAAAGGUAUCUCAUGUGCUGGAGUGCUUGGGAGCUGCAGCUCCCCAGUACCCCUAUAAUGUAGCUGGGCAGCAUGCCACCCUAGACCCAGGCAUUUGUGGCCUUGAGACAAUUGAAGCUAGCCAUACAGAGUCCAGACCAAGGGGCAAAUUCACUAAAGGACGAAGCGCCUAACGCUAGCGUUAAUUCGCUAGCAUAGCGCAUUUCCGU